AUGUCAGAAAACGAUCUCAUUCAGGAUAUAAAGAAACUAAGGUUAAAUGAUGAUGGGACACAGGGACUAAGUGAUGAAGGUUUUAGCAAAGAUCGAAAAACUCAAUUGCGGCACAAGUUGAUGAAUGCUGACACCAAUGACACAGAAUUGCAAGCCUUAUGUCAGCAAUUGGUUGACAAUCCUACUCAAGUGUUGCUAUUUUUGAAAGUGCUAAAUGAUCAAUCAGGAAGCAUAUUAGGUAAAUUAAUAAGGGUCGACAGUGGCCCACGUCAGUCGUUUGUUUUAAGUGUGUUAAGUGCCAUUCGAGGUAUUUUGAUAAAGUCUUCCAAUGUCAGAGAUUACUACUUGACAGUCUAUAUCUCCCUAAUAACCAAAUUUGGAGUAACCAAUCCUCAACAUUUGAACUUGUUUUUGACCUUUGUCGGGGCUGAAAAGAAAGUGGCAAAUGCAAUUCUUGUCAUAUUGGCUCAAGAUUUGAAAUUAAAUAAGGCGGAGAGCAUGGAUAUAGUAAGUGAGUACUUGCAGCUACAAGUAGAUGAAGAGGCCUUGAAUGGCACAUCAUUGGUCAACUUUGUAUCGACCCUUGCAAUGUGUUUUCCUAUCCUUCCCGAGUUGUGUUCAAAGAUUUAUACAAAUACAGCCACAAAACAGCACAUCCUCGAUGCGUUUUCGAACCAAGGGAAACAUACAGAGUACACAGUGCCUAUUUUGAAUUGCAUCGCAGCAUCAUCAAUGGUAGAAAGCUGUCGUACCUUUACUAUUCAAGAGUACUAUCUGUAUUUAGUUGACUAUUUGCAGUCACAACAUGUGAGCAUACGAAUUCUAGCUGCCUUAUGUGUGGUAAAAUUGUGGACAUUCAUACAAGUGGAACAAAAAUCAAAGGUGCAGGUGACAGAGCUAGCAAAAGAUUUACUUCUUUAUGUGACCGAGGGUGACGACUUGGAGUAUAUUGAGUAUUCUUUGGAAGGUCUCGUGUAUCUAAGCUUGUUUUGGAAAGUUCGGGACUUAAUCAGAAUGGAUGUAUCGUUGAUUGAGAGGUUUGUGCAUAUUUUGCAGAACUAUUCAACAGUUGAUAAUGUAAACACGUCAAUUCAGUAUGGUAUCUUGUCAAUUUUAUCCAACAUUACAAAGCUAAAACAGCCGGAGUUGAAUACUGCAAAAGCAAACUUGAAAAACGUAACCGCGCCACAGAUGGAAUCAGGCAACAAUGAAGAGAACCAAGAUAACAUCAAACUCUUCAAUAGACACUUGCUCGAGCAAGAUGAAAUUGUUUCCAAAUUGAGUGCCAUUAAAACCUACCAAUCCUCCAAUGACAACAACUUUAACGAAGUCAUUAGUAUUAUUUACCAUUUAUCUACAGAUCAAGCCAAGAGUAUGCGAGUAGAACUAGUCAAACAAGGAGCGUUGAUUAUAAUUAUGAACUUUUUGGUCAAUACAAGUGAUAUGGAGAAAAUGGGAAAUAGGGUAGUUGCCAUCCCGGUACUGAAGGGUGAUAUGACCCCAAAAUAUAGAUUCAAAGCAUUGCGUAGUUUGGCACGUAUGUUGAUUUGUGUUGACCCUAGAGUAUCGUUUCAAAAAUAUGAUGUCAAAUCAGCAAUUCCAUUUCUUGUUGAAUUAAUUGGUCCUGUUCCUUCAGACUCUGUGAACCCAAAACAAUCAUAUUUGCAAGAAAUGACGCAACUAGACGAGUACGAAUCAUUGCUAGCACUAACUAAUAUUGCGGCUGCAGAUAACUCCGACACCAGGAGAUUGCUUGUUCUGCAGAUCCUACCCUUUAUCGACGAUUUGAUUGUACUGAAAACUGAUAUUCAAAUUGCUUCAUUUGAACUUUUGAACAACUUGAUUAGCGAACCCCUUUUAUUGGCCAAAUUUUUCAACAUAGAACAAACUGCAAAUAAACAGAGAUUAGAUAUACUAGUGAAGUUGUUGGAUUCAGAUAAUCUGAAAUUGCAGGCAGUAAUUUCCGGGUUUUUGGUUAAUGCGUCAAAUUUUGACGUGAUUGCCGACGUUCUUGUUGAGUCAAAAGAUAUAUUUGAUCAAUUGAUGGGAACAAUCAUUGAAAUUAUGUUACACCAGGUCAAAGAAAGUAACUUGAUAAAUCCAGUAACUUGCUUGUUGGUGAACUUGGUGUAUGCUUUGGCCAACAAAGAUGAGCUGCUACUCAAAAAGCUUGACGAGAAGCUAAGACCUGUAUGUGUAAAUGUUUUAAAAAAUGGUACGGCAGAGAGCAAAGAGGCGAUAACGAGUGUGAUGAGCUUACUUGACUUUUAA